AUUAAAAUCAUGAUCGAGUAGACUCCAUCACAUUUUUCGAAAGUCUCGAAACUACACUUCAAUGUAGGUGUUACAAUUGAUGGGAAAAAGAAAUGGUGAAACAAUAAAUUUGAAAAUAUGAGUUUCAACACUUAAUCCUUUUAGUUUUACUUUGACAGUAGCGUCGUUGUUUAUAUAUAACGCUUGGCCUUAUAACGACAUAUUAUGGUUUUACACCAUAUCUAUGAUAUACACUGUCUAUUCUAUCUGUCAAAGAUACAAUAACAACUAAUAACAUAAUCCCAAUAGUCUUUAUUUAAUUAGAAUAAAAUUGAUUUGUAUUUAUAAUACUGAUAUUAGAAAAGAAAUCAUAUUUUUAGCCUAAGCUGAAAACUAGAAGUGCUUCUAUUUUCUGAAAAUAGCAAAAAUUAUUCAAUAUGACUUCUAUGUUUGAACAAUUUGAACAACCAGAUAUGAAAACCAAAAAUGUUCCCUCAGCUGAAAUGAGUAUGUCUGCAUUUAUAAAUGUUUCACUGGAACAAGAGGCACCUAUUUUUUCAAAAAGUAAAAAGGAUUUCACACCUUCUGAAAGAAUUACACAUGUUGCAAUUGCCAAUAAAUACCUCAUCAUUGUUAUGGCAAAUAGUGUAUUAUUUAGAAUGAAUUUAAACAAUCCACAGCAAACCUCUGAAAUUUCUUUAUCAAAAUAUACAAGCACCACUAAAAUUACAAAUCUUUUUUUGGAUCCGACUGGAAAUCAUCUGCUUAUAACAUUUGUUGCAAAAAAUGAUGGAGGAAGUGGUCCAGAGAUUCUUUAUUUGUCAAAAAAAUUAGAUAAAGUGAGAACAACCUCAAAAUUUCGGGGUAAUGAUUUUACAGCAGUGGCAUGGAAUCCACUCAAUGAAUCAGAAAAUACCACUGGACCAAUUUUAUUAGGUACAUCUAAAGGAUUAAUAUUUGAAACUGAAAUUACUUUGGAAGGAGAAAAGUUCUUCACUUCAAGUUUUUCAUCGAGUCUGGAACAAUAUUGGCGACAGAUAUUUGACAUUGGUAAAGGUACUGAUACUCCAAUAAAUAAUUUGGAAUUUCACAAACUUCCCCGACAAGAUAAAUACGUGGUAAUAGUGACAACGCCGUCCAGGUUUUAUUAUUUUACUGGUUCAGUAAAUUCAGAAGACAAACCAAUUUUACAACAAGUGUUUAACAAAUAUUUGAAUGUUCCCGAAAAGGAUACUUACAUGGAAUGUAAAAACAACAGUAACUUGUCCAAAUUGCAGUUGUGGUCCGAAAAUUUAAAUACCCCGGAUUCUUUUGCUUGGAUAACUGAAGAAGGUAUAUCUUUUAGUCAGAUCGACAUUUCUACAGAUAAUAUAGAAUCAAUUAGUUUGAAGACGAACCUUAUUUCAUACCCGAAAUCUAUUUACGAAGAUUCGGUACUUAAAAAGUUUCCUAUAGCAGUGGCCCUCACCCAAUUUCACAUACUUUUAGCUUAUACAGACUCGGUGAAAGGAGUUUGUCUAUUAAACCAAGAAAUAGUUUACGAGGAUAAUUACAAUGAAGCGUUCGGUAGACUCAUCAAUCUAAUCAAGGAUGUUAGAACCGGUGAUAUUUGGGCAGUAACGGAAAAUUCUGUAUUUCGUUUUAAAGUUACCAGAGAAGAACGAAACAUAUGGCAAAUAUUUUGCGAUAAAGGAGAAUUCGAAUUGGCGAAAAAAUAUUCCAAAAGUAAUAUACAAUGUUAUAACCAUGUUUUGAUUAAAGAAGCCGAUAAAUUGUUUGGUGAUGGAAAAUAUGAACUUAGCGCCCAAAGGUAUGGAGAAACUGAAUGCAAACUUGAAGAGGUCUGUUUAAAAUUCAUAGAAGCUGGACAAAGUGAUGCAUUAAAAAUGUUUUUAAGGUGUAAGAUGAAUACGUUGAAACCUCAGGACAAAACUCAAAUAACUAUGAUAGUAUUGUGGGUUAUGGAACUCUAUUUGAUAAAACUGGAAGAAGGACGUUUACUAGGUAUGGAAGAGUCAACAGCUUAUGUGGAAUUACAAAAAGAGCUCGACAAGUUUAUAGCGAUGGACGAAGUAUCUAAUUGUAUUAAAAAUAAUAAAAGCACUGUAUACAAUUUGUUGAGUAGCCAUGGCGAUAAAACAAAUCUCCUAAAACUCACUAUAAUCAAUAAAGAUUUUGAACAGAUAAUUCAACAACAUAUAUUCAAGAACAAUUUUCACGACGCUUUAGAGGUACUAAAAAGUCAGAAAAACUAUGCUCUGUACUAUCAUUUCACCCCAAUCUUGAUGCAAAUGAUUCCUAAACAUAUGGUAAAAGUUAUAAUAGAACAAGGAAAAAAAUUGGCACCACUCAAACUUCUUCCAGCUAUGGUUACCUGUAACAGUGAAUUUCACGCCAAAGAAAUAAUACACUAUUUAGAAUUCUGUAUCGAUAAAUUGAAGAAUACCGAUAAAGCUAUCCAUAAUUUCUUGAUAUCUUUGUAUGCGAAAUAUGAUUCAGAAAUGCUCAUGAAAUAUUUGGACUCGCAAGGACAAGAACUUUCUUUGGUAAAUUAUGACAUUCAUUAUGCGUUGAGACUGUGCCACGAACAUAAGCAGGACAAAGCGUGUGUUAAACUUUUUGGAUUAUUAGGUAUGUGGAAAGCGGCCGUCGAUUUAGCACUCACCAUAGAUAUCGAUUUGGCCAAAACGAUAGUUAAUAUGUCUCCCGAAGAUGAUUUCGAAUUGAAAAAGAAACUUUGGCUCAAAAUAGCCGAACAUUUAGUAAAAAGUACAGAAGACAUACAACAGAUGAUGGAAUUUAUGCAACAAUGCGAGUUUAUUAAAAUAGAAGACGUUUUACCAUUUUUCCCCGAUUUUGUUACAAUCGAUUAUUUCAAAGACGCUAUAUGUAAUUCGUUGAAGGAAUAUAAUCAGAACAUUCAAAAUUUAAAAGAAGAAAUGGAAGAAGCUACGAAAUCUGCCAAACAAGUUAGAGAAGAAAUAGAAGCAUUUAGAAAUCAUCAUACAAUAAUCAAUACUUCAGAUAAUUGUGAAGUUUGUAACAAAAUGUUGCUCAUCAAAUCUUUUUAUAUGUUUCCGUGUCGCCAUAUGUUCCAUAGCGAUUGUCUCUUAACUGAACUGUCACCAUUUUUAGGUCCAGCUAAAAGGAAUAGACUGUCUGAUUUGAAUAAACAGCUUAGUUUGUAUAAUAAUCAGUUUAAUCUUGACAAUUUGAGCACUGGAUCUACGGGAAUGUCUCAUAGAGAACAACUCAGAGCUGAAAUCGAUAAUAUUCUGGCAUCGGAGUGUCCAUAUUGUGGAGAAAUUAUGAUUAAAAAUAUCGACCAACCUUUUAUAGAAGAUCAUGAAUAUGAGAUGAUCAUGAAAGAAUGGGAAUAAAAUUAUUUUGAUAUUAAAAUUGAAAAUGUAUAUAUUGGAAGUUUGUAAUAUCAUACCAAAAUUGGUUUGUAGGAAAUUUUGAUGGAUAAUAAAAUUCCUCGGUAUAUUUAGAGAUACCACCCCUAAAGGGUGGUGAGUGAUAUUGAGUUUUAAUUAAUUCUUGAUUAGUAUAGUUAUUUUUGACAAUAUAUCUGGUAUUAUGUUAUUUUUGACCCAAGAAUUUCCAGAAAUAUUUCGGUCUUAAAAUGUCAUCCAAUUAGGUAUCUUACUAGAACUUACAUUUAUUUUAGGUGUCAGAUACAUCCAAACAAAUCAGUUAACUUUAAAAAAAUUCACUCUUCAAAGAAAACUAACAAAAUUGUUAUUUUUCCAAUAUUACUUAAGUCGGAACCAUAUGUGAAACUUUUUUAUUUUUAGUUUUACGAAAAAAAGUUCUUCAUAAAAAGUUUUGCAUGGUUCAAAACCUGGAAUGAACUCAUCAGAUAUCAAAAUUUGUUAGUCGUAUACGAGGUAUAUACAUUUUUGCUCAAGAGUAAAGUACCUUCAUUUUUAAGAAUAUUGACAAUUGACAAUUUUAUAUGAUCUUUGGUCUUAGAAAUGUUAAGAAAGAGAAGAUUAGAAUCGCACCGUGAGUUAAGGGUGAUUAGGUCACUAGAUAUGGUCCUAUGAAGUGCCGCAAGAUCAGGGUUACUCCAAGAGAAACUAGUGUCGUCUGCAAAUAGACAUAUUUUACCACUGAUGUCUAGAUAGGCGAUAUCGUUAAUAAACAGAAGAAACAAAAUACAGCCUAGUACUGAGCCUUGGGGUACUCCAUAUUCUAUUUACUUGCAAGAUGACAUCGUUGUAUCAACCCUUACAAGCUGAUUUCUGUUGGUAAGGUAUGACUUAAACCAUACGAGAGAUGUUAUUAUGAUAUAUUAUGAUCAACACAAUGGAAAGCCUCAGACAUAUCACAAAAAGUUGUUGUAAUGACUUUAGGCUAUUUAGGCUAAAGUAGACACUGUUUGGAAGGGAGAAUAUAGCAUCAUUUGUGCAUUUGUUACUUAAAAACCCAAAUUGAUGAGUAGCGAGUAUUUUAUAUUUAAACAGAAAUGAUAGGAGUCCACGUCACCAGAGAGCAUGUUCCAGUCAGUUGUUUUGAAAACUUUUUCCCGAAAAGAUACGCCAUUUUUAGUAUAGGAUUUUAGUGAAAAUUUUGUACAUACUACUCCAUGAUCUCGAUCAUACGAUGGCACGACAUAGUCUAUAGUACCAGAACUGGUCUUAGUUAUUCUGGUUGGUGCCGUUAUAGCAUGACCAUACCAAAAGAAUCAAGAAUUGAUUGAAAGCGUUCUUGACCAGCACACACACUGGAAUAAUCAAUAUUGAGAUUGUCACAUAGAAUUAGUUCGCUUUUUAGAGGUAAAGACUCCAGUAAGGUCAGUAGUUUGUGACAGAAAGUAUGCACGUCAGCGUACGAACAAUAUAGAGCUUAGCUAACAUAUAAAUCCUGAGUAUAAAAAUCUGUUCAUAUUUUUGUUAGCUCCAUUAUUGAACGUGUGCACCUUUGUAAGUUACUGAGCAGGACUACAUAACCGCUGUGGGCUUCUUAUCAUUUAUUUCUGUUUUUCUCUAUGCCUGUUUCUAUUUUAUUAAUCUUCCUUUGACUCUUUGUACAACAAUUACCAUAUUUUCGAACAAACCACAGAACGAAACAAAAUAUAUUUUGUUCGGUACAUAGAUUAUAUAAAACACACUGUGAUUUCAGUGUUAUCAUAUUUUAUUACUUUUCAAGAUUCAUACUCCGUUUGUCCAAUACACCGUUUUGAUUGGUUAAAACCGAAUAUUUUUUAUAUUUACGCACUUCAUAUUCAUGUAUAAACCUUAGAAUGUAUUGCUACGAAUUACCCCGUCCAUGACAUGGCCCGUGAAGCCGACCCUGUAAAAUUUGGUGAACGCGCUGGGCGGAAAGCGUUUUAUAUUGUUUUUAUCGCUGCUAAGAUGUCUUUAUAUUGUUUUUUUUUGAACCAGUUUCUAGAAACAUCUUAUUUAUUUAUUUAUUCACUUUCUAGAAUUCUAGAAAUAAUUUUCUGGUAUAAAUUAGCGCGAAAGUUAGUUUAUAAUUUUGUAAUGUAAGUUGUAGUGAACGGAAUGAAAUAGUAAAAAGUAAAGGGUGAAUUUAAAUAAAUUAUAAAAAGUAGUGAAUAUUUAAUUAUAGAAGUAGUGAUAAGUUGAUUAUUAUUGUGUAUAGUGUAAGUGUGUAAAUAAAUUAAGUAAGUAAGA